CGCGCGCCCGACGCGGGGCCACCGACAAUCCCUUCUCCGCCUCGACGUGACACGAGGCUCCUCGUGCAUGCCGCGUGCAACACACGCGCCGAUCCCCCGCACGAUAUUUAACCGCACGCGUGCCCGACGUAUCCGAGGCACAAGCGGAAACCUCGUGGUUCGUUCGCGCAUCGGUAAGAAACCAAGUUCACGAUCGUCUCCUCGCGAGAGUGACGACGUUCACACGUUUCAUCCGUUCGGUUCCCGGUCUGCCGGGAAUUCUCGUCGCAGCAAAAGUCGCGCAACGAGAAGCCUUGUUUGAACGACCGGGUGUUUCGUGUGCGCGAUCAUCGCCGUUUUCGUUAGUAGUGCCGCGAAACGUCGUCGAGUUUGGACGGCGACGGGGUGGAGGAGGUGACGGAGAGGGAGGAGCAGGAGGAGGAAGAGAAUCGUGUGGUAAAACUGAGCAGUGAAGUGCGUCGCGCCGAGGGCUAGACUUCGACGGCCGACACUACCAACCGCGGGAGAGCCUCGUGAGUAUAUUUAAAUAGUGUGUCUCUCUGGCUGGUCAGAGGAAGCCGACAGUUUCUUGGUCUUCUUCGUCCUCGUCGUCGCCGUCGUCUUCGUCGUUGUGAUCUUCUUCUUCUUCUCCCUUCUGCUUCUUGUUCGUCUUGUUCCACCGCUCCUUCCUCUAAUAUCGUGUGCCAUCAUCCUCGGCUUUUCCUCGUUCGGAGUGCAACGUGAUACGACGGGAGGACAGAGAGGCCACGGCACCGGGGGUGGCACGCGAAAUUCUCUAUCGACUGUCGGCGAUUUAUUUCGAGAUACGGAUAUUGGUGCCGCCGAUUCGACGCCGGUGCAGUGUUUCAAGACGCCUACCGCUGACGAUUCCGAAUGGGAAGUUUCGUCGUCAAGGAAGGUUUGAAAUCUAAUAAAGAACCCUAGAGUAAAUACAUUAUUUUGAAUACGCGAGUAUAUAUUUAACGCGAGACAUCUACGAUAAGAGAAAGGCGGAAACGGUACCCGAUCGUGAAUCGAGGAAUCGCUCGCAGGAUGCGAUUCUCGAGCAAUCGACAGGAUGAUUGGGACUUUUGAACCUUACGUCUCGAUGCCGUUUAGAGCGAGCGCGAUCGCGACAACCGGCGGUCGUGAUCGUUUGCGAUAAUCGUGAAUUUCGACGCAGUACGAUUCCGUACCGCGGUACUCCCGUCGCGUCCGUCGAGACAUCAAGGAUGAAGAGGACGGUACUGCGCUGGAUGAAGAGCAGACAGCCGAGAAUCUGUCCGAUGGAAGUCCCGAAGUUUCGCUGCUGCCGGUGGUACAACACCUCGUGAAAAACGUUUUCCUUUCAACGACGGAGAUCGAGCGUGGGUCCACAGAGAAGAGAUCGCCGCAUUUCGAGACGAAUGAGGCUUCGUUUAAAAUUCAUCGUCUGAGAGAGCGCGAGACAGGGGGAGAGGAUACUUCGUAGAGGAGUGGAUAGACCGUUUCGUCGCAGGACUUUGAGGCGAAUUCGGUCGCGAGAUAAGAAGAGUGCGAGAAGAGUGGUGUGCUGCGUCGCGUUCGGGGUGACCGAGGUGUCGACCUCACCCCCGAUCAAACCAGCAACCAGGUCGGAUGAUGUGGGCGUCUCUGUUUUUGGCCGGGAUCUUAAGCGGCUGGUGGGGCGCACUGGCGCUCGCUGCGGCACCCCCCGCCAAUCGGAACUCCCUCGAGGAGACGUCAACGAGGACCACCAGCGACCAUCCGCCAUCGAUGAGCAUCGCCGCCACCGUUGAAAAGUCCCUCGAUUACCGUUUGCCAACUUGGAACUUCGUUACGCGAAAUAUCGAUAGACGAGCUCUAGACCAGCAGCAACCGGCUCACGAUCCGUCUACGAGAGAUUACAAAUUACCAACCGACGACGUUCGACCAACGCCGGGGCUUGAGCAACGACCGUCUGAACGGCAGCAAUCCCAAGGGGGAAGAUCGAAUUCGCAACUUUUCGGAUUCGAGAAUGAGAAGACUCUGGCCGAGACCGAUUUGUCGGCCGACCUCUAUUCCGUUCGAGAUGCCUUGCAGGGAUACACGGAAGACGUGGACGACUCGAUACGCGACGCAUUUAUCUCCUCGUCGAGACGAGUGGAGGAUCGUCCGGAGGCGACAAAUAUUAAUCCAAAGACGGAGGAGUCUGGACUGAUCCGCUUGCCUCGUCACUCGUCAACGCAAACGCCGUUUCUCUAUCCGUCCGGCAGCGAGUCGUCGGUGGAGAGGCCGCGGGUGAUCCGAUCGACCAAGCAACGACCAAAGAACCGCACGAAAGCGGACUCGCCUAGAGAGCAACGACGGCGAUGUCGUAAUAAGGGCUGUCGCGGCCAAAACUGGUGCCCGGACGUGGACGUCGGCAACAGGGCGUUUAUGGCCCCAACGGUGUUCGAGGGUAAAGCGAGGAGCAUGUCCUCGGUGAGGAAGCCGGGCUCAAACUACGCGGUGACGUUCGAGGUGAAGCAAGUAUACAAGAGCCAGCCCGGUUUCCAGCCACUGCAGAAGAACGACAGCGUUCGGUUGCACUUUCGCGACAAAUCGGCACCCGGGAAGUCGACGGUCUGCAGCUACGACAACGACGGGAAGCAGCAACAGCAGCAGCGCGAUAAUCAGAGUGGUGUGGUGCGAGCCAAUAUUAAGAGGGGUAAAGUGUAUCUAGUGUUUGUGAAUCGCGUGGGACCCAGGAACUUCACGAUCCUCGGUGAGCCGGUGAUACGAAGCAAGAAGAACGAACAGGCGGUGCAGGCUGUCGUUCGACCGGAUUACGUGAGGGAGGUCACGUUAUCCGAACUCAGGGACUCGAUAGCGAGGUUACGGGAGAGGGUGAAGCUAGUAUGCCGAACGAGGGGUUCGCCGCCCCCAAGGGUGCACUGGCUGAAAGACGGAAUACCGUUGCACCCGCGCAGAGGCCUCAGGAUUCAACACAAACGACGAAGAUCGAAAGUAGUGAUAUCGUCCGCGAAGCCUGAGGACAGCGGCAGAUACGAAUGCGUGGCCGAGAGUACCUCCGGUCAUCACGCCUCGCUCGCGGCCCAGCUUCUAGUCGCUCACGAUAGAACCCAGGAAACCACGACGGCAGCGUGGCCGAGGCAGGAGCAGCCGUGCCCGAUAGCCGGAGAUUUCUGCAUGAACGGUGGUACCUGUCUGUUUUUCGAGACCGUCGGUGAACCAGCAUGCAGAUGCGCGGAGGGCUUUACGGGUCUGCGGUGCGAGACGAAGGACGUCAGCAGCACCGGAAAUAUGGAUAAGUUUUCUUCGUUCGCCGAGGACGUGACGCUCGCCCGCUUCUAGCGCAUCUAGCGGCACUGUCAAGCUUGCACAUCGGGACAUUCAUCGUGUUUUGUUUUGUUGUAGCCUCACCCACAUCCCCUCCCGAUACCCGUUCAGGUUCCUACAUACGCGUCCUCGUCUUCUCCGCUCUCCACGGGCUCUCCACUUUUACCCGCGAUAUUUCCAUACCCUGACCCGGCCGAACGUUCGCGACGGCAAACCAUACCCCCGCCUUCCUAUUUCAUCUUUCACAGGACAAGAACGUUUUCCAGUUUCCCGCUUCGUUUCCUACUUCCUACAUCUAUUCCCAGUUGCCUCGUUUCCAGGCCGCAACGAGCACCUGGCCACGCCGUCAAUUCUCAGAGGAGAGCCCCAGGAGAUGAAGCAAUUCACCGACCAACGUCAUCCACCACGCGCAUCCCGGAUCCUGGACCGUCGACAGUUCGACAAUUAAUCCGUUCGGAUUCGCACCGAGGAGCAUACUUUCACAAAUAAGCCGGAAACUACUUCGAUACACGGAAGCUAGCUACGACAGAUACAUUGCGGAGUCGAGUUCUCUCAAUGAUCGUAAUGGACCAGAGUAUCGUCGAAUGGUUCGAUGUCGUCUAAAAGCAAGCCCGGAGAACAACGGGACGCCAUCGAAUGGGAACACCGUACGAAACAAGAAAAAGGGUCGCUCGUUGAAUUCGACAACGAUGAGAAAUUUUUCACGUCUUUUUUUCUCUCGCUUCCCCUCGCGCGACUUCCGAUUGAAAAUGUCCAACAUUCGACACGUACGGCUAAAAUAUCGCGGACAAAUCGAAUUUAAGUCCCACGAGUGAAAACUGUAUUUACAUGGAUACGUUUUUUCCUCUCGGCGUGUACAACAACUUUAAUUUCUUCCCACGAGAUCGUUAUUCCACUCGUCGAUCAUUUGCGGGUAUUGAAAAUUAAAACAGAGCUCGGAGCAACUACGAAAUACGUUUAUUGAUUUUCCCUCUCGAGGCUCGUUACGCAGCAACAUCGUUGCUUUCAUAAUUUCAAACCUUCCUCCUCAAAACUCGAUUUUUUGUUCGAACGUUUCAUCACUCGAGAGAUUUGCACCAACGAAAAACAUGGUGCCAGAAGAGGGAGAGCAGAGAGAAAAAUAGGCGGGAUAAACGUCAUCCGCAAGCAUGUGCAGAUUGUUCGAACACCACGUGGACGUGACGAUUUCCUUUUAUGGUUUUGUUAGAAACUAAGACUCCCCGGAUCUUGUAAUAGGAUUUCCGGGAUCAGCGAGUCUUUUUACGCUGCGACCAAACGUCUUAGAGGCAGAGACAGCUAUUACCCAAACCUACGCUACGUGGAAUUGAACAAUUUCAAACUCUAACUCAUCCCGAGUCGAAUUCGAAGGGAACGCUGUUUGAUAAGAGGCAGGCUGCCUCGGAGAUCAGGAAGGAGGGCCAGGUGUUCCGAAUCUGGAGCAAAGUUGCCGUGAAAAGACGCUCCUCGGUUUUUCGAGCGACUGAGUUCGUCGAAGCGUGCGUUCAGACGCGUCCAGGACGCUCUUGUACAAAGUACAUAUUGCCUGUAUUCCCCUUUCGAGCAGCGUGUGUGUCUGUGGUUGUGUGCGUCGAGUACCGAUUGAUCGAAGCGUCGAACACGAGAGAGAUCGUGUCGCCUGCUCUUCGAGGGGAAAGCAGAGGUCGAGGACCCAACCGGUGAAAAUUGAUCGAGAACGAGAGUCGUUCGCGACUCUAGUUUUCCAGCGCCAAAGCCGGGGUUGCGUUAUUACACCAAGGGCGAAGAAAUCAGGCGGCACUUUAAUUAACGGGAAACUGGCUGCAAGCAUCGCCGUAAGAAUUGUUACGGCACGCGAGAAAUUGCGUUCUCGCUGCACUGUCGCCGAGUCGUAAUAUUGGCCUCGAUUGGAAACAACGAAAGGACGCAAGUAACGUACAUUCCUGUUCAUAAGUUUUAAGACACUUCCAAGUGCUUACUAUAUAUCGAAAAAUGUAACACGAAAAAUUUAACAUUGUCAGAAACAAUCUCUAGCGAAAGAUUGUGUUAAAUUAUUAAAUGAAUUAUAUUAAUAUUUUCUUACGUCGUUGCUUGAUGUCUCUUAAAAACUUGAAAUGGAAGAACAGUCGCGCUUCUAUCGAUCGGGCAACACACGCACGCUUACUUUUUACAUUUUAGAGCUAUAAAGGAAUACGUAUAGGUAGUUGUCGAACGAGAAGAGCGAACUGUGUUCCGACAGUGUUCUUCCGCGAGAGAAGAGGAAGCACACUUUGCCAUAUUAGCUAUAUUAAUACCAGAGACUUUUGAGAAGAGAAGAAGAAUCGUGGUAGCGUAUAAUGUCCGUGCAAGCUUACUAGUGCCGCCGUGCUUUUUCGUUACGAAUUCAUUUCGUCGCUCGUACCUAUCGAACGAUUUGUAUGAAAGUCAUCGUGAAUCAUCGAUGGCACGUCAUUCCGGCCGAUUUCGCGCGUUCCUCUGAAAUUCUCUUAACGCCGUUCGUUAAACGACGAUUAGUCAAGUAUUCACCAACUCUUAGUUUCUCUUUAUGAGACUCUAGUUAAAAAGGUAGAGAAAAGACGUAGUCGACACCGGAGUGGAAUGACGAGCCUGAUCAUAGCGAACAAAAGAGGAAUGUAUUUUAUGAUAUUUUACGCAUAAAGAACGAUCGUAAAUCGAUAAUAUAGCAAUUAGUCCAAGAUAAACUUAAAUAGAAGUGUAUAAAAGGAAAUGAGAAUGAGAGAUGUGCAUAACGUUGCACGCAUAGCGUUUUUACGAAGGCUGAGGGGCAGGAUUGCAUCGAUUUUACAUCACGCGCACAAUACAGGUCCGCGGAACAAUGAUUCCGAACAAUUAUUGUAUGAAUGACGAUGAUAGUUAAUUAUGGAUAGAGCGUCAUCGAUUUAACGUCAGCCCCGUAACGAGAUUAUCCUAUGUCAAGGAUUCGCCUCGAACGGAAAUGCGACCAAUCUACUAACGGUUUCGUUUCUUUUUUUCUAAGGAAGUCAAUAGAACAUCGAUCAUCGACCUGCGAGGAUCGCCCUAUCACGAGUAACCCUAAGCGCUAUUGUAAAAUAUUGUACCAUAUUAUUUCGCGUUAUUUAUUUUUCAAUGUUUUUAAUAGGAGACGCGUUUUUACGAUACUCAAGAGAAUUAUCGCGUAAUGUUAUAUAGAGAUACGACUUCGUUCUGAUCCGCGGUGCAACGCCUAAUCUUCGUGACGAAGAAAACGAACCAACAUUUUCUUUCAUUAAGGGCGAAUCGGAAACGGAGAAUACGAAAUUGUAAUAAUCCGCAUACUCAUUUAAGAACGGUGCACUUAACAGAGUCGUCGCGAAUACAGUCACAGCGGAUCAGACAGAUUAGAAUGUUUAUAAACUUCAACGUAUUUCCAGCAGCUUUUGCAGUGUGUAAAAGUAACCAGACGGAGAAACCGCAAAUCUAGUCUAGACGAGACCUAAGAGAGCUUGCACGUAAAAGAUUAUUACGGACGUGGCCGUCCGCCCUCUCAACGAUUAAUGUUGGUUUCGAAGAUGAGGGCCGAACGAACGGAAUUCGUUUUGUACGCGACAGCGAACGAUUGCGUUCCGCGAUAGUCUAAUAGCGAAACGAAGUGCACUAUUGGAUCGUAAUGCUAACUCUAGCAGCACGAAGUACUAACGAGUUAAUAGCGAAAUUUGUCGUAAGGGAAAAUGAACGCUGCAAUUUAUUAAUAAUGAAGCAUAAGCCGCUGUUGAUGUUUCCUAAAAAAAAAAUGAUCUUCGAAUUUCAUUCGAAGGGGUCGGGGUACGAUAGGUGCCCGAGAACGAGAAUGUUACGACCAAAAUAUUAAUUAUACGACAUCGAGAAGGUGGUGAGAGAAAAGCCGAAAUAAAAUAGUUUAUGUAAGGCAUGAGAUUUGUAUUGAAUUUUGUUUGGUGGCGCAUCAAACAAAGAGAAGAGAUACGGUCCGAAUCCGCCGCAAUUACUUACACCUAACGAAAAAUACCUAGUCAACGUGUACGUGCUCCCAGAAAUUAUACUUUCGUUCCGCGUUUCCAUACAGUUUCAAAUUUUGUUCCGAGGAAUCGUGCGUUACUGUAUCGUUCUUUUAAUAGAGAAUUGCGACAUCGAAUGAAAAAGGGAACGUAAAGAACUGGGAUAUGUAUUUGGAGCACCGGUACACUUAAGAAUAUUUAUGUAAUGCUAACAAUGUUACUUGCGAUUUGGUAUAUGACGAAUGUCAACACGAAAAAUAUUUUAUUCUAGUCGUAUCUUUCAUGCUUUGCCAAGUAAAAUAAUAUAAUUCCUGUGUUAUAUGUAAUAGUCAAUUAUGUUUUAAUAAAAUCUGCCAAGAUUCUUGACAA